GGGGUUGUGAAAGGACACUCUUCUGAGCUGCCCUGAAGCCCCCCGUGCCUGCGGGAGGCGGCGGGAGCGGGCGGGGCCGGGAUGCGGAGCGGGCGGGGCCGGGAUGCGGAGCGGUCCCGCUCCCUCCCAUCCUGCCCCGCGCGGGGCCCGCCCUGCCCGCCGCCCGCCACCAGGGGGCGCCCGCGCCGCGCCACCACCGCGGUGUCACCUCCCUGGGAACAUCCCAGCAUCCCAUCGCGGGUGUGGGACCCGACCUGGGCACAUCCCAGCAUCCCAUCGCGGGUGUGGGACCCGACCUGGGCACAUCCCAGCAUCCCAUCGCGGGUGUGGGACCCGACCUGGGAACAUCCCAGCAUCCCAUCGCGGGUGUGGGACCCGACCUGGGCACAUCCCAGCAUCCCAUCGCGGGUGUGGGACCCGACCUGGGCACAUCCCAGCAUCCCAUCGCGGGUGUGGGACCCGACCUGGGCACAUCCCAGCAUCCCAGCAUCCCAUCGCGGGUGUGGGACCCGACCUGGGCACAUCCCAGCAUCCCAUCGCAGGUGUGGGACCCGACCUGGGCACAUCCCAUCACCCCAUCACGGGUGUGGAACCUGAACUGGGCACAGUUGUGAUGCUUCAGGGGCUUUCAGCCUCUGUGGAACUGCUCAGCUAAAACCUCUGCACUGCCACUUUAUGGAAAUGAGCAGAAUGAGCCUUUCCUGGCAUCUGUAACUUCUGUGCACCCUUUCAUGUUUUUUUCCCCCUUGUGCUGGAA